AUGUCGUCAAAACUUAUCCCACGUAGCCCAUCUGAGGUGAUGGUGAUCCGUGACAUCACACCAAACGUCGUAACCUUCUCGGUACCUUUCUUGAGAUUUGGUACCGUGCGAAUCGGCGGCCGUGGUACACUUGUCCGUCUUACGUCAGGCUCCCUGGCUGUGGUGUCGCCCGUCGCCCUUACGCCAGAGGUCAAGGCAAAGGUGGCAGAAAAAGGCGGCAACGUCGGCUACAUCAUUGCUCCUGAUAUCGAGCAUCAUAUCUUCAUCUCGGAAUGGGCCAAGGAGUUCCCCAACGCCAAACUGAUCGGACCCAAAGGCCUACAAGAGAAACGGGACAAGGUGACCAACGACGAGAAGAUCGGAAAGGAGAAGUUUAGCUUCAUCUACACUCCCGAAAACCACCAGGACAACAACGUGGACCAGGACUUUGCCGCGAAUUUUGAGGUGGAAUAUGUGGAUCCCCACCCGAACAAGGAGACCGUCCUUUUCUACAAGCCCGAUAAAGUCCUGAUUGAGGCGGAUUUGAUGUUCAACCUGCCGUGUAUCGAACAAUACUCUCGAGUGCCAGAGGUAGAGAAAGGCGGCAAUGCCUUGGCCAACAAGCUUUUCAACGGUCUCAACUCGACCAGUGGGGAGGCGAAGGGCAUGAAGCGAUUUCUGUGGUACGGCAUGAGUGCAAGCAACCGCCCUUCCUUCAACAAGAGCGUUCAACGAAUCGACUCUUGGGAUUUCAACACCCUCAUUCCGUGUCACGGGGAAACCCUUGUGGGUAAUGGCAAGGACAUAUUCCGCAAGGUCUUUGAGUGGCAUCUCCAAGGCCACAAGUGA